GCGGCGCAGGCGGCCAUGUUGAAGCGGUGUGUGUGAAGAGCGGCGCUCGGAACGCAGAGGAGCCGCAGCCCGCCAUUGUGUGGAAGCUGAGCUGUACGGAGAGACAGACAGGGGCCCGAACGCACGUCUCCUGCGCCGCCGCACCGACUUUAAACACCCAUAACUGUCCGAAUAGUUUACUAGCGCGCCCCGGGGGGAGAGAAAUGUCCGCCAGCAGCCUCCUCGAACAGAGACCGAAAGGCCAAGCGAACAAAGUCCAAAAUGGAGCUGUGAGCCAGAAGGAUACUCUGAACGAUGAUGAAUUCGAGCCCUACCUGAACCCUCAGGGCAGACAGAGCAAUGCCUAUACAGCCAUGUCCGACUCCUACAUGCCCAGUUACUACAGCCCUUCCAUAGGGUUCUCCUACUCCUUGAACGAGGCGGCUUGGUCCACUGGUGGCGACCCCCCCAUUCCCUACAUGGCCUCUUAUGGACAGCUCAGCAACGGGGAGCAUCACUUUCUGCCGGACGCCAUGUUCGGGCAGCCGGGGGCGCUGGGGAGCAACCCCUUCCUGGGGCAGCACGGCUUCAAUUUCUUCCCCAGCGGCAUUGACUUCUCUGCCUGGGGCAACAGCAGCUCUCAGGGCCAGUCAACACAGAGCUCCGGCUACAGCAGCAGCUAUGCCUACGCUCCCAGCUCCCUGGGCGGUGCUAUGAUCGACGGACAGUCCCCGUUUGCUGCCAACGAGCCCCUCAACAAGGCCCCUGGGAUGAACAGCCUGGAUCAGGGCAUGGCAGGCCUUAAGAUUGGUGCUGGGGACAUGACCCCCAAGGUGGUGGGUUCGGGGCUCCCUGGGGGGCCCCUCAGCCAAGUUUCUGGUGCUCCCAGCAUGCCCCCCGUCUCCAUCGCUCCGGUGAAGCCAGCCUCCUGGGCCGACAUUGCCAGCAAGCCGGCCAAACCGCAGCCCAAGCUGAAAACAAAGGGCGGAGUGGGUGGGACUAACCUUCCCCCUCCCCCUAUCAAACAUAACAUGGACAUCGGCACCUGGGACAACAAAGGGACUGUCCCCAAGGUGUCUGCCCCCCAGCAGGCUGCUAUUCCCAGCAAUGGGCAGCCACCCAACCAGGCCUCCCCCCAGCCUGGUGUCACUGCGGCAGGUGCCCAGCCGCUUCCCAUCAGCAACGGGCAGUUGGCACCUCCUGCAGGCCAGCUCGGGCAGCACCAGCAGCCUCCAGUUGUCCAACAGGGAUUGGCUCAGCCACCGCUUCCGCCCGGCCCGCCUUCCGCCCAGCCGGCGCCACCCACCCGCUGGGUGCCCCCACGUAACCGUGCCAAUGGCUUUGGGGACACUGUGUCAGGCGCUGGGCAGUCACCCCCCAGCUCUGGGGUGGGCGGAGUGUCUAUGCCCUCUGAACCGCACCCGGUCCUGGAGAAGCUGCGCCUUGUCAACAACUACAACCCCAAGGACUUCGACUGGAACCCCAAGCAAGGGCGCGUCUUCAUCAUCAAGAGCUACUCGGAGGAUGACAUCCACCGCUCCAUCAAGUACAACAUCUGGUGCAGCACAGAGCACGGCAACAAGCGGCUGGAUGCUGCCUACCGCUCGCUGGGCGCCAAGGGUCCCCUCUACCUGCUCUUCAGUGUCAACGGCAGCGGCCACUUCUGUGGCGUGGCUGAGAUGCGCUCACCUGUGGACUACAACACGUGCGCCGGUGUGUGGUCGCAGGACAAGUGGAAGGGCAAGUUUGAGGUGCGCUGGAUCUUCGUGAAGGACGUGCCCAACAGCCAGCUGCGCCACAUCCGCCUGGAGAACAACGAGAACAAGCCGGUGACCAACUCGCGGGACACGCAGGAGGUGCCUCUGGACAAGGCACGACAGGUUCUCAAGAUCAUUGCCAGCUACAAGCACACCACCUCCAUCUUUGACGACUUCUCGCACUACGAGAAGCGGCAGGAGGAGGAGGAGAGUGUGAAAAAGGUUGAAGUUCAGGGAAAUGACCCCUACACCAGUAACCCCAGCAGGAGCCAUUACAGACUGCAGGAUCGCCAAGGACGCGUCAAGUAAUGGCGCCGGGCCGUGGCUAAGGACUGCGCUGGCCCCCACCUGUCACCGCCGCUCCCCACAUGCAGAUCUUUUCACAAUCCCAGAAGGGGGAAAAUAACCAAGGACACAAAUGGAAAACAACAACAAAAAAAACUAAAUGAAGACUUUCUUGAUUUCUGUUGACUUUAAAGACUUACUUCGAACUUAUAGUAAAAAAGAGAAACGAUUAUUCAUAGGACUACAAAAACUUAAAAGCGAUUCUAUAGCAUCCUUAGGUGAACCAGUCGUUUUUCUUUUUGAACCCCACCCCCAUUUCAUUGCAUCUUUUGUUGUUUUUUCCUCAUUUUUUUUAAAAUGAUCCUGUUUUUACAGUCCAAGAGCAAGACUUUACUUCCUUACUAAAAUCUAGAGUGGAAAUUUUUAGUGUUGACAACUAGUGUGACCAGAAGGGGCAGUUUUUUUUUUUUCUUUUUUUUUUUCCUCCCCCCCCCCUUCUUUAUUUUGUGCCUCUGCCAACCCAUUCCCACCUGUGCCCUGCACCCCCCCUCCCUCCAGACCUGCUCCAAGGAAACUUAACUGUGUGAUCAGGACUUGGUGUAAAACCCCUGCAUCCCCUACCUGGUCCAGUGGAUUUUGCAUUGUGGGUAGUCCAAGAACUGCAGUUCAAAGGUCAUUGUCCUCAAAUAUCACCACUUGCCCCACCCCUCCCCUCCCCUUUAAAAAGAAAUGGAUGAAAGCCAAUGAAUGUUGAGGUUCUGAGUUAAUUUUUUUACUGUAUUGGCAACUUGGGGGAAGUCAAAGUGAAGAGCUGUUCAGUUAGUCCUGGUCCUGUAUGAUUUUAUAGUGUAUAAAUGGACUGUGUUCUGUCUUUUUGGAAACAGAUCUUCUCCCCUCCUUGAACGAGUCUAAAUUGUUGCUACGGGCUGCUUUCUUUAACCAUUUUUGUUUCUUCCUCUGUUUAAGUCAACGAAGGGACAGGCGUGGCUCGUCUCCUGUUAAUCAGUUCAGCGUAAUAAAUGUGAUAUCAUACUCAGCAAGA